UUAAUUUUUAAGACAGUAUUAAAAUUAGAUAAAAUGUUAAUCAAAGUUAAGACAUUGACAGGAAAAGAAAUUGAAUUAGAUAUUGAUCCAUCAGACAAAGUAUUCCGUAUCAAAGAAAGAAUGGAAGAAAAAGAAGGCAUUCCACCAAUACAACAACGGCUUAUUUUUGGUGGAAAACAAAUGUCAGAUGAACGAACAGCAUCUGAAUAUAAUUUAGAAGGUGGCAGUGUCCUACAUCUUGUACUUGCUUUAAGAGGCGGUUACAAUUAAUAAAAUAAAGAAAUGCGUCUCUUUAUCUUUUUCAGAAAAA